UAAAAAUCAUGGAAAAAGAGAAGCAAAGAGAACUUGAAGAGGUCAAUAAAUUUAUACAAAGCUUAGGAAUUCCCUUCUACAAACAAGAGUUAGCUACAGGAGGUCUAGACAACCCAUGAGGCACCGUCGCCAAAUUCCAGAACAAAAUCAAGCAGAAGAUGUUCAGAAACUUCGCGAUCAUCAAUGCCUUUAAAAGAGGAAUCAGCAUCAAAAAGAACCAGAAAAAUGGAGAAUCUACAGUCUCAACAUGAGAGAGUGAGGACAAGAUUCUUGGAGAAGAUAAGCUAGAAACAGACUUAAAUUUUGAAAAAUCUGAGUAUGAAAACAUUGAAUAUGUUUACUUCAAGAAUGGGAUCACUGGCAUCACAAUUGAGUGAGGAAUACCACAACUAUUAGUGGUAGUCUCAAAGAAUAUGGUCUCUAGUAUGAAUUACGAAGAUGUUAAGGCCAAUAUGGAAGAAGUAGCCAAUUUCUUCAGCGAUUUCAUAAGCUUUGAUGAUAUCAUUUCCAAACUAGAGAAGGUUCAGGAGCAUGUAGUGGCAUUUAUAGCCAUCCUUCAAGCAUCUGGAGACAAAUACUCACUGAAGAAAGUGAACUUCCAAGAUCUUGCUGAUGCUGUUAAGCCAGAGCCAAGUGACCUAGAAAUUGAAAUAGACUCUAAAGAAGAAUUCCCUUACCCAGAUCCCUUCAACCCGAUAUGCAUAUUUACCCAGGUCAAGCUAAAUGACGGAAAUACUUACGUAAUGGUCAGAGAAAGCUCACAAGAAAUCAGAAUAUAUGCUCUCAUCCUGGAAGAUUUUAGCCAAAGAACAGGCUCCUUCUUCGAUCACUGCACAGAGAUCAACGAGAAGUGCUUCGAAGGGGUUAUAAUAACAAGCUUCAGGGAUAUUUCUACUCAAAUCCUUCAGACUCUCGAAUCAAGAGUUGAAAGCACUGGCUCUUCAAAGAUACUCAAAGGGAUCAUUUCUAUCAUUAAACCCGGAAUUAUGAAAGUAAUUCAAUAAAUUUUAGUAUGAA